CUCUGGAUAUGUCUGUUUGUGCAUUUAUUUUUAAUUGUUUUGUAUGUAUAGGCUAGUUGUUUCAUUUGUGUUUGAAGUGCACAUAAUUUCACGGCUAAAAAGACGGUUACCCAAAAAAAGGAAAAUGUAUACAUCACCAUGUCGUUGCAGCACCGUGUGGCUUUUACCAAAAAAUAACAUUUUGAAUAUGUUUUUGUGAGUGCAAGCAUCAGACGUUCACAUAUGAAAAAAGAGCUCGUGUCUCAUCUUGAAUUUCAUCGAAUAAACUAUGAUUGGAACGUUACGAGUAAGCAAAUUAAGACUUGAAAUUGGUUGGCAUUAAACCUUUUCUCACUGGAUAUAAUAAAACAAUUUAAAAUAUUGUUAUUGUGUUGAUACAAUUUUCUGACUCUAAGUGCCGCUGUUAGUCAGUGAAAUAAUAUAUUUGCAGGCUGCGUGUCAGUAGACCUUGGCCACACCUCGGCAGUGCGCUCACUGACGCAGAGGGGAGAGUCUCACUUCAGACGCAGUAUUUUUUUCUCUUAUAAACGCAUUUAAUGUUUAUUUUUAAUUAUUUCAAGUUUGUUUAACUUGUAAGUCUUACUGCAUUUUUGAUGUAGGCCUGUUGGUUAAUUUGUAAUAUGGCUAUUCAGAAUUUUGUUCGAAAUGGAUGUGCUCUUUUUCUCCGACCGCAGUGGCAAGUGGUAUUUUUUAUUUCGUGCUGCCUUCAUUUUGCAGUCUCUCAAAUUCGCUACUCCAUCCCAGAAGAACUGACAAAGGGUUCGCUUAUAGGAAAUGUAGCGCAGGAUCUGGGUCUCGAUUUGAAAAGGCUUCGAGCGGGUCGAGCGCGCAUCGUGACGGGAGACAGCACUCAGUAUGCGGAGCUCAAAACAGACAAAGGGAUUCUGGUCGUAAGUGAGAGAAUAGACCGAGAGAAGCUUUGCGGUGACAUCACACCAUGCAGCUUUAGCUUCGAGAUUAUUCUGGAAAAUCCAAUUGAACUACAUCAGGUAACCGUUGAAAUUAUAGACGUAAAUGACAAUUAUCCUGUAUUCGAGAAAAAGAAGAUUAAUUUUGAAAUAAGCGAACUGGCAAGUCUUGGUUCAAGCUUUGCAUUAGAAAGCGCAUUUGAUCUUGAUGUAGAAUUAAAUUCUUUACAAAAUUAUAUUCUGACAAAGAACGAUUUCUUUGUUUUAAAACAAUAUUCAAAUCCCGAUGGCAGUAGAUUUGUCGAAAUUGUCCUUGAUAAAGCGUUAGACAGGGAAACGCAUCCCCAUUUAUCUCUGAAGCUGAUCGCUGUAGAUGGUGGAAACCCGCAAAGAUCUGGUUCUGUGAAUAUAGAUGUCACUGUGUUAGAUGCGAAUGACAACGCACCGCAGUUCAACCAGACGGUUUAUAGAGCAUCUGUGAUCGAAAAUGCACCGAAGGGCACUUACAUUACUACCGUUAAUGCUACCGAUGCUGAUAGUGGGUCAAAUGGUCAUAUAAUGUUUUCCUUCGCCGAUUUGAAAGAACAUUGGAGAGAUAUUUUUAGCGUACACGAAAACACGGGUUUAGUGUCUGUUUUAGGGAAUGUUGAUUUUGAAAAAGACAAACGUUUUGAAAUUAGAGUCAGAGCAACAGACCAAGGUGGGUUAACGAGUACAAGUAAGCUUGUAAUUGAAGUAGUUGAUGUAAAUGAUAAUGCACCUAUAAUUAAUCUUAUGUCUCUAUCAAGCCCUGUGUCGGAAGAUGCUCUUCCGGGGACAACCAUCGCUGUGCUUAAUAUUAAAGAUUUGGAUUCUGGUACAAAUGGACAGGUUACGUGCUUUAUUGAUAGAAACAUUCCAAUCAACAUUAAAACAUCUCUCUCUAACUAUUAUAAUUUGAUCACCGAUGCCUUUCUUGACCGUGAAACCCAAUCAGAAUAUAAUAUAACUGUCAUUGCGACAGAUUCUGGUUCACCGGCACUGACGAGCUCAACUACUCUGCGCCUUAAAGUUUCCGACGUCAAUGAUAACGAGCCAGUUUUCGAGCAAAAGAGCUAUUCUGCUUACAUCCCUGAAAAUAAUCCUCUAGGAUUUUCCAUAUGUAAUGUGAAAGCGAGAGAUUUAGACUGGAGUCAGAACUCAAGAGUUUCCUAUUUUUUAAUAGAUGCACACAUUGUGGGAGCCCCGAUUUCUUCCUACGUGUCCAUAAACUCUGAAAAUGGACUGUUACAGGCAGUGCGUUCGUUUGAUUAUGAGCAGAUUAAACAGCUAAAUCUCGUUAUAAAAGCCCAAGAUGGAGGAUCUCCUCCACUCAGCAGCAACGUGUCAAUGACAAUAAUCAUUCAGGACCAGAAUGACAACGCGCCUCAGGUUCUGUAUCCGGUUCAGUCUGGUGGUUCUGUGGUGGCUGAAAUAGUGUCUCGUUCUGCAGAUGUGGGUUAUCUGGUCACUAAAGUGGUCGCUGUUGAUGUGGACUCUGGACAGAAUGCCUGGCUCUCAUAUAAACUGCAGAAAGCCACAGAUAGGGCGCUGUUUGAAGUGGGUUUACAGAAUGGAGAAAUAAGAACUGUGCGCCAGGUGACAGAUAAAGAUGCUGUGAAACAAAGACUCGCUGUUGUAGUGGAGGACAACGGACAGCCCUCUCGUUCAGCUACAGUCAAUGUUAACGUGGCGCUGGCGGACAGCUUCCCUGAAGUGCUCUCGGAGUUCACUGACUUUACGCACGACAAGGAAUACAACGACAACCUGACUUUUUAUCUAGUCUUGGCUCUGGCUGUAGUUUCGUUUCUCUUUAUCGUGUCUAUCAUCGCCAUACUGUCAGUCAAGUGCUACAGAUGGAGACGCGAGCGGAUGUUUUACAAAUCUGGAGCGAAUCUUCCAGUUAUUCCUAUAGCACGUGUUAGUGCAUUGACUCCUGUGAAUCAAGUGAGAGCAUCAUAG